UCGUGUCUCUUAAAAGGACAAACAACCAAUGACGAAGAGAACACAUGAAGGAAAGGAAUGUCUGCAACUUCUGGAUUUCAACAUUUCUCCUUCAUUUCUUAGACCAGGGAAUUAAAUUCCCAUGACCACAACUCCACAACCAUGGCUUCUCAUCGUAGUUUUCUUACCCAUCUCCUCCCCCUAUUGGCAACUCUAUUUGCUACGAUUCUUGCGUUCAAAACAUCCAUCAAAUCAACCAUUAUAAACCCUUUUGAUUGCUCUGCUCAGAUCAAGACAUGUGAUGCCUCGCUCUACCAUGUAGGCAACGAUCUGAAAGAAGAAGAAAUUGCAAUUUUUUACUCUGUCGAUUUAUCCCAGAUGAAAACCAUAACGCAUGGCAAAACGGAUUACCUCAUCAGUGUACCUUGUUCUUGCAUGGAUGUAAAUGUAACUUCCGGAUAUUUCUACAAUACAUCCUACCCUGUCAAACUAGGUGACACAUUUGAUGGUGUCUCUGCUAAGAUCUACAGCGGGCAAGCUUGGAAGGUCGAAGGAAAGUACCUAAAUUUAACCCCAGGUACAAAUUUAUCUGUGCAGCUUCCAUGUGGGUGCGUAGAGAGUGACGCUCAAACUGUCGUCACAUACACGGUUCAGGAGCACGACACAUUAUCAGGUAUUGCUGAGCUGCUGUCUGCUCAGCAGAGUGGCAUUCAGGGCUUGAACAGACAACUGGCUGAAAACCCCACGUUUAUAGAUGUGGGUUGGGUGUUGUUCGUACCCAUGGAGAAGAACGGGGUUCCAUCACAAGAUAGAUCAUCAGGAAGCAGGACACAUAUAUGGACAAUAAUCAUUGUCACACUAUCGGCUGUGACAUUAAUUUCAAUGAGCGCAUUGAUUGCUGUUCUUGUCAGGAGAAAGAGAUCCCAACAGAACGUGGAAGAUCCAAAAGCUGUGGCCAAAAUCUCGAGUGCCAACACAAUCUUUCACUUGCAGAGUCAGUACCAGGAUAAGGAUAACAUGGAAGAUGUGACAGGUUUUGAAUCAGAAAGGCCAGUAAUAUUUAGUCUUGAGGAGAUUGAAAAGGCUACCGGUCAUUUUAAUGAAACUAAGAAAAUUGGAGAGGGUGGAUAUGGGAGGGUGUACUUCGGAAUACUUGGGGGCCAGGAAGUUGCAAUAAAGAAGAUGAGAUCUAGUAAAUCCAAAGAGUUCUUUGCAGAGCUAAAGAUCUUAUGCAAGAUCCAUCACAUAAAUGUGGUAGAGCUCUUGGGGUACGCCAGCGGAGAUGACCAUCUCUAUUUGGUCUACGAAUUUGUUCGGAACGGAUCACUCAGCGGUCAUCUGCAUGAUCCACUCCUAAAAGGUCAUCAGCCUCUCUCUUGGACUGCAAGAGCACAGAUUGCACUGGAUACUGCAAAGGGUAUUGAAUACAUUCAUGACCACACAAAAGCACGGUAUGUGCACCGAGAUAUCAAGACAAGUAACAUACUACUUGAUGAAGGGCUCAGGGCAAAGGUAGCAGAUUUUGGAUUGGCAAAGCUAGUUGGACGAACCAAUGACGAAGAUUUCCUAGCGACAAGACUUGUUGGAACGCCAGGCUACCUUCCUCCCGAAUCUGUGAAGGAGUUCCAGGUGACCCCAAAAACUGAUGUAUUCGCAUUUGGGGUGGUUCUAGCAGAACUGAUAACGGGGCUGCGAGCACUUAUCUGUGACAAUGGGGAGCCCGGCAAGAUGAAAUCACUAAUUACCAUUAUUAGUAAAGUAUUCCAAGAUGAUGACCCAGAGAUUGCUUUGGAAGCUGUCAUAGAUGGGAAUCUUCACAGCAGCUACCCUUUUGAGGACGUAUUCAAGAUGGCAGAAAUAGCAGAGUGGUGUAUGAGUGAAGAUGCAGGUAACAGACCAGAGAUGCGUGACAUAGUUAUGACGUUGUCUAAAAUAGUUAUGUCCUCCGUAGAGUGGGAAGCAUCGCUAGGAGGGAACAGCCAGGUUUUCAGUGGGCUGUUUAAUGGAAGAUGAAUACAAAUUAAACCAUAAAAAAAAAAAAACAGAGCUUUCAUGUAAUUAUGGUGUGAUCGAGAGUGUUUUUAGUAGUUUAAAAUCAAUUGCUGUUUUGAUGUUUCAUACAUAACAUAACAGCUGAUCGAGAGUGUUUUUAGUAGUUAUUUUCCGAAUUUCAUGUUGAAAUUUUCGAAAGUGUG